UCUUCCAAUCCAGACAAAAGGAGAGGACGGAUCCGCUGCGAAGCGCACUGAGCCGAGCAUCUGAGCACCUUGGAGACUCCACGGGUUUGAUCCGACGCGCAAGAACGCACCGGCACACCGACGCACACGCCCCCCCAGAUCCACCUGAAACCCCCAAAUCUGGUUAAUUGUCCUGUGUGAAGGGCGAGGAAAGGCAGUCUGAGCCCCGGUUCAAUCGCAGCCAGAACACCGUGUUCCCAUGAUGUCAUACCUGUGGAUUCUGCUAUUAGGAAGCCUGCUGGCUGCAAGCGCCAAGGCACAAGACGUUGAAGGCCCAACAGAUGAGGCAGUGGAUCCUGCUACCCCGGUCCCUGAAACAGAUGCACGGCCUGCGGUCAUAGAAGAACCUGUCGACGACGAAGACACCGGCCAUACGGUCGAGGAAGAAGCAACAACGGAGGAUGAGGUUGAGCCCACUGUUGAGCCUGCAGCUGAUGCUGAUGAACCAGUGACUCCUGCAGCCGAGGUCGCAGAAGAAAGUACUACUGCGGCUGAAGAAGCAGAACCAGAAACUCCUGCUGGUGAAGGAGUCGCAGAACCAGAAACUCCUACAGCAGCAGACACAGAGGCGGAAGCAGCUGCAACGACACAAGAGCCCGCAGCUAUUCCAGAUACAGAUGUUGAGCAACCAACCGACAAUGGAGAAGAGGAACCUACCUCAAGCAUUGAUGCAACAGCUGCUCAGGAGGAGGAUGGAGCUGAUGACCAGACCCCCGCAGUGACAGAUUUACCUGUAGGAGGUAAUGAGGAAGAACCAACAGAUCCUGCUGCUGAUGUAGAACCAACUGAUCAGGAGGUCGUUGUAGAAAACAUAGUACCAGAGGUCAGAACAGGAGUGGAGGCCCCUUUACCUUCAAUUAAAGCUGACGUUGUACCUAAGGUGAAAGCAGAUGCAGAACUUGAGGCAGUGCACAACCCAUCACAUCCAGGAAAGAGCCGCAGUUCUGGGGCACAUUCUGCUGGCGCCACAGGAGAGGCAGCCGAACCUGAAGCCAAAGAGGCCAGCUCUGGCUCUUUAGCAGCCAUCGUGAGUGCAAUUGCUGUAUCUGUAGUGGGAGCAGUCGUUGGAUACUUCACCUAUCAGAAGAAGAAACUGUGCUUCAAAAACAGACAGGAAGCGGAUCCAGAAGCUGCACGCAAAGCUGAUGCAGCAGAGGCUCAGUCAGAUCCCCAGGUCCUUAGCAACCUGUUGAACUCCUCCUAGACCAGCAAUGAUCACAUGACUGCCUAGACCAACUACAGGCAAGCAAAGUGGCAAUCUCACUGUUAGGCCCUACCUUCUGUAGAGCUACAUUACUGUGAGGCCCCAGAGUAGGGCUGUGUGUGUUUCUGUCUGUUUGAUUGUGUGUGUGUAUGUUGGACUGUGUGAGCCUGUGUGUGUGAGUGAGAGAGAGAGACUGUGUGAGUGUGCAUAUGUGUGUUCAUUCUUGUGUGUGUGCAUAUAUGUGGGGACAAAUGAGUUAGAAAAGAAAUAGCAAGUAGAUAUAUGUGAACCUUAGGGCUUUUAUGAUUGUUGCAAAAUAGACAUUUAUUGAAAUGAUUGGUCGAACUUUCUACUUUAAACCAAAUCCAACAACUUUUUUUAAGACUGGAUAUUAAAGAGAUUAAAUCUCAAAUUAAGUGUGACCAUGAGAUGGCAAAAUUAUAGAACUACCUUUUUUAAUUUUAUUUGUAUGGCUACUAUCCAGCUCUAGAAAUUCAGUGUGAAUAUAAACCAGUGACAGAUAUUGAUGUUGUAGACAUUCAACUUUGUACUGAAUUCUAAAGUGUUUUUUCCUUUCUUUUUUUUGCCAUUUAUGUCAUUGUUUUAGCCACCAAUAUGAUUUCGGAAAUCCACUGGCACUAUUAAGUAAAACAUAUAUGUCCUUUUCAUUGUGAUUUCCUGCAGUGCAAAUGCAGGGUAGACGGAUAACAGGGGGUUUCAAUAACUACCGCUGUAUUUCCUGAAUUCUGGCUAGGAAAAAUAGUGUAGGAUUACAAUUAUAGGAUUCUGGGGAUACAGUUAUAUGGUCCAACGCAUGUUCACUGGGCCUCUAAUGUCACUGUAUGCUUGUGUGUGUGUUUGUGUGUGUGUCUUUUUUGAUUGGUGAAUGGGCUUAGUUUUAAAUUAUGUUGGGUGAUUACCAUUCCUCCUCAGUUCAAUGAAUUGAUAAUGAAAUUAUGAUUGAAAUUAAAAUGAGUGAAUCUUUUAAUUAAACACACGAAAAAUCUAAAUGAAACAAAACAAAAAAAAAUAUCCCAAUUUAUUAUCUUUUGAACAUUGCAAGAAUAUAUAUUUGAAAUUGAUUGAGGUGAGUUGAAGUGAAGACCAGUUCAACCCUGUUCCUGUCAAUGUAUGAUUGUUCACCUGACACGGACAAAAGAGGUCUUGUAGAAAUGUAUUAGACAUUGUUCUGAUGUAGUAUGUGUCAGUCUAGUUGUGAUGCAGUAAUUUCUCCUCUAUAGUGCCUUUACUGACACAGCCUGGCUUGACCAAUCUACAGACACACAGGAAAGAGAUCUGGGACAAUAAAAGUAAAAACAGCCAAAAUAGUAGAUGAAUGUAUCAAAUACAUUAGAAUGAUUAAUUAUUACAUUAAAAUUGAGAAACAUAGGAUCUUAAUAAAUACAUAAAUUAUCAUUUUGGUGGUUGAAAAGCCUCAGCGUGAACUGUAUGUAUGUGAAACUGUUCACAUGGGUCUAGUUUUUAUUUCCAGUACUUUUUCAACUACUAUUGCAUUCCAAACUUUUUUACAGCCUCUGUUAAUUUCAGCAGUAAAACUCUCCUCUUUGUGUCUCUUUAGUUGAGCAAGCCAGUUGCUGUCACAGUGUUUUUGUAUCAUUCAUAUUUCCAUUCACCUGUGAUUUUUAUAUGGAUUUUUACAUCUAGCAGUGGUGCCUCAAAGAUGACACAGAUAGUCUUUAGUCAACUCGUUUGCUGUGGUAUUUUGUGAUUAUUAUUGUGAAAUGCCUCAGAAGCAGCGCUACAGCAUAAAAAUAAAAAAAGCCCAACUGUUGUUGUUUUGUUUUUUGCCACUGUAGCACAAAAAAAUAUUAACUUCUGAAUGUCUUUUUGUUGCCUUGCAGUUUUGUACUUACUCUGCUCCCUUUAAACUUUGAAAAAGGGUUAUAGAGGUUGCAUAGUGCUGCAGUUCAUGUAAACUGUGUUACUUGUAAAGCACCAUAUAGCUGCAAUACAGGACAGAGACUGUUGCUAACAGCCUAGCCUCAAGAUGAGAAAUAUUAAUAGUCUGAUGUCACAUAUCGAUUAAUCCUACUGUAUAAACUGUGGGCUGGACGCUGGGUCAAAGCUCUGUUUGAAAUGCCUUCUUAUCCUUUAAUCUGUGAUAGACUGAGUUUCUCUUGACACAUUGAACAAGUGGAUAGUGUCUGAAUUCUCUUUACUGCAUCUGCUUCAAUGGCAUGGGGGGAUAAUGCACAAAAUACCUGAUAAUAGUACAAGCUUUUAGAUAUAGCCAGUGAUGCCUUCAAAACAGAAAAUACUCCUUCUAAUGCAGUACCUGCCCACUUUGUACUCUCUAAUAAGUGCAAUAGGAAUCAACAAAAGCACUCUGCUGUCCUGCAGUGCACCUUCAGAAACCUUUCUGUGGCUGAUUUGAUGUAAAGCAGACACCCUAUCCCUACAAACGGAACAAGGCCUGCUUGUGUUUUGAGCAUUAUGGUCCACUCUACAUUUAGUCCCAAGCCAGUCAGAUUCCUUGUAAACACAAGUGACUGGAGCAUAGCAUCCAAACCAGAAUGUAAAACAAGGAAAUCAUAGACUUAUUGGGUCCUGAAGUGCACUUUCCAGAUAAUGUUAGGGCAUCAAUCAUUGCGCUGACCAGUCCUGCCUUAUGUCGCCUCUUGAAUAUUCCAGAUAGGAAAACAAAGAACAAUGUUGUCAUCAGAAAGAAACUGAAACAAGCAAGAGAUGUUUUGCAGGUGAUUUUAAUAACAUAAUCUCUAUGGGAGAAGCACUUUCCUAUCCUGUAUACAUCUUGAUUCAUUAAACAUAUUUAGACAAUUCAUUUUUGAUUUAGACUAGUGGCUCUUCCUUUUUAUUUAAAUAUUCUGUGUUUUUAUUUUGUGUAGAAACUGUCUUCUUCAUUUUUUGUCAUCUGGCACUUGUGUUGUUCUUCUGGAAUUGUGUAAAUAAUGUUUGAGGAGUCAAUUAAACAGUUUUCGUGGGA